GGGAGGCCCGGGGAACGCGAGGCGCAAGCUAGGCCUGUCUGUAGACUCUCCAGUAGGGAGAUGCUGAAGUUCAAGUAUGGAGCCAGGAACCCGCAGGAUGCUGGUACUGCUGAGCCCAUUGCCAGCCGGGCCUCCAGGCUGAAUCUCUUCUUCCAGGGGAAAGCACCCUUUAUGACUCAACAGCAGAUGUCUGCUCUUUCCCGAGAAGGGAUAUUAGAUGCCCUCUUUGUUCUCUUUGAAGAAUGCAGUCAGCCUGCUCUGAUGAAGAUUAAGCAUGUGAGCAACUUUGUUCGGAAGUAUUCUGACAUUGUAGCCGAACUACAGGAGCUUCAGCCUUCGGCAAAGGACUUUGAAGUUCGAAGUCUUGUAGGUUGUGGUCACUUUGCGGAAGUACAGGUGGUCAGAGAGAAAGCAACCGGGGACAUCUAUGCCAUGAAAAUCAUGAAGAAGAAGGCCUUGUUGGCUCAGGAGCAGGUCUCAUUUUUUGAGGAAGAACGGAAUAUAUUAUCUCAAAGCACAAGCCCUUGGAUUCCCCAAUUACACUGUGCCUUUCAGGACAGAAAUCACCUCUACCUGGUCAUGGAAUAUCAGCCUGGAGGGGACUUGCUGUCACUUUUGAAUAGAUAUGAGGACCAAUUAGAUGAAAAUAUGAUUCAGUUUUACUUAGCUGAACUGAUUUUGGCGGUUCACAGCAUUCAUCAGAUGGGAUAUGUACAUCGAGACAUCAAGCCUGAGAACGUUCUCAUUGACCGAACUGGACAUAUCAAACUGGUGGAUUUUGGAUCGGCUGCCAGAAUGAAUUUAAAUAAGGUGAAUGCUAAACUCCCGAUCGGGACCCCAGAUUACAUGGCCCCUGAAGUGUUGACCGUGCUGAAUGGGGAUGGCAGAGGCACCUAUAGCUUGGACUGUGACUGGUGGUCUGUGGGAGUGAUCGCUUAUGAGAUGAUUUAUGGGAGAACCCCAUUCACAGAGGGGACCUCCGCCAGGACCUUCAAUAACAUCAUGAAUUUCCAGCGGUUUUUGAAGUUUCCUGAUGACCCCAAAGUUAGCAGUGAAUUCCUUGAUCUGAUUCAGAGCCUGUUGUGUGGGCAGAAAGAGAGACUGAAGUUUGAGGGCCUUUGCUGCCAUCCCUUUUUCUCCAAAAUAGACUGGAAUAACAUUCGCAACUCUCCUCCCCCCUUCGUUCCCACCCUCAAGUCUGAUGAUGACACCUCCAAUUUUGAUGAACCAGAGAAGAAUUCGUGGGUUUCGUCCACUCCGUGCCAGUUGAGCCCCCCGGGUUUCUCUGGUGAAGAACUGCCGUUUGUGGGGUUUUCGUACAGCAAGGCACUGGGGAUUCUUGGUAGAUCUGAGUCUGUUGUGUCGGGUCUGGACUCCCCUGCCAAGACUAGCUCCAUGGAAAAGAAACUCCUCAUCAAAAGCAAAGAGCUUCAAGACUCUCAGGACAAGUGUCACAAGAUGGAGCAGGAAAUGACCCGGUUACAUCGGAGAGUAUCAGAGGUGGAGGCUGUGCUUAGUCAGAAGGAGGUGGAGCUGAAGGCCUCUGAGACUCAGAGAUCCCUCCUGGAGCAGGACCUUGCUACCUACAUCACAGAAUGCAGUAGCUUAAAGCGAAGUUUGGAGCAAGCACGGAUGGAGGUGUCCCAGGAGGAUGACAAAGCCCUGCAGCUCCUCCAUGACAUCAGAGAGCAGAGCCGGAAGCUCCAGGAGAUCAAAGAGCAGGAGUACCAGGCUCAGGUGGAAGAGAUGAGGCUGAUGAUGAACCAGUUGGAAGAGGACCUGGUCUCCGCCAGAAGACGGAGUGAUCUCUAUGAAUCUGAGCUCAGAGAAUCUCGGCUCGCUGCUGAAGAAUUCAAGCGGAAGGCAACAGAAUGUCAGCAUAAACUGUUAAAGGCAAAGGAUCAAGGGAAGCCUGAAGUAGGAGAAUAUUCCAAACUGGAGAAGGUGAAUGCUGAGCAGCAGCUCAAAAUCCAGGAGCUCCAGGAGAAGCUGGAGAAGGCUGUAAAAGCUAGCACCGAGGCCACUGAGCUGCUGCAGAAUAUCCGCCAGGCCAAGGAACGGGCUGAGAGGGAGCUGGAGAAGCUGCAGAACCGAGAAGAUUCUUCAGAAGGCAUAAAAAAGAAGCUUGUAGAAGCGGAGGAACGCCGCCAUUCUCUGGAGAACAAGGUAAAGAGACUAGAGACCAUGGAGCGUAGAGAAAACAGACUGAAGGAUGACAUCCAGACAAAAUCCCAACAGAUCCAGCAGAUGGCUGAUAAAAUUCUGGAACUGGAGGAGAAACAUCGAGAGGCUCAAGUCUCCGCCCAGCACCUAGAAGUACACCUGAAACAAAAAGAACAGCACUACGAGGAGAAAAUCAAGGUAUUGGACAGUCAGAUAAAGAAAGACCUGGCUGACAAAGAGAGCCUGGAGAACCUGAUGCAGAGACACGAAGAGGAGGCCCAUGAGAAGGGCAAGAUUCUCAGCGAGCAGAAGGCGAUGAUCAAUGCGAUGGAUUCCAAGAUCAGAUCUCUGGAACAGAGGAUUGUAGAACUGUCAGAAGCUAAUAAACUUGCGGCAAAUAGCAGUCUCUUUACCCAAAGGAACAUGAAGGCCCAGGAAGAGAUGAUUUCAGAACUCAGGCAACAGAAAUUUUAUUUGGAGACACAGGCUGGGAAAUUGGAGGCCCAGAACCGAAAGCUGGAAGAGCAGCUGGAGAAAAUCAGCCACCAAGAUCACAGUGACAAGAAUCGGUUGCUGGAGCUGGAGACAAGGCUCAGGGAGGUCAGCCUGGAGCAUGAGGAACAGAAGCUGGAGCUGAAGCGCCAGCUCACAGAGCUGCAGCUGUCCCUGCAGGAGCGCGAGUCACAGCUGACGGCCCUGCAGGCCGCCCGGGCUGCCUUGGAGAGCCAGCUUCACCAGGCAAAGACAGAGCUGGAGGAGACGACAGCCGAAGCAGAAGAGGAGAUCCAGGCUCUCACGGCACAUAGAGAUGAAAUCCAGCGCAAAUUUGAUGCCCUUCGUAACAGCUGCACUGUAAUCACAGACCUGGAAGAGCAGCUAAACCAGUUGACCGAAGAUAAUGCCGAACUCAACAACCAAAACUUCUACUUGUCCAAACAACUCGAUGAGGCCUCCGGGGCCAAUGAUGAGAUUGUACAGCUGCGAAGUGAAGUGGAUCACCUGCGCCGGGAGAUCACGGAGAGGGAAAUGCAGCUCACCAGCCAGAAACAAGCACAACUGAGUGGUACUGAUUUGCAGACGAUGGAGGCUCUGAAGACCACGUGUACAAUGCUGGAAGAACAGGUCAUGGAUCUGGAGGCCCUCAACGAUGAGCUGUUGGAGAAAGAGCGCCAGUGGGAGGCCUGGAGGAGUGUCCUUGGUGACGAGAAGUCCCAGUUUGAGUGCCGGGUUCGAGAGUUACAGAGGAUGCUGGACACUGAGAAGCAGAGCAGAGCAAGAGCCGAUCAGCGCAUCACUGAGUCUCGCCAGGUGGUGGAGUUGGCAGUGAAGGAGCACAAGGCUGAGAUUCUUGCUCUGCAGCAGGCGCUCAAAGAACAGAAGCUGAAAGCGGAGAGCCUCUCUGAUAAGCUCAAUGACCUGGAGAAGAAGCAUGCCAUGCUAGAAAUGAACGCACGAAGCUUACAGCAGAAGCUCGAGACUGAACGAGAGCUCAAGCAAAGGCUUCUGGAAGAGCAAGCCAAGUUACAGCAGCAGAUGGACCUGCAGAAGAACCACAUUUUCCGUCUGACUCAAGGCCUACAAGAAGCCCUUGAUCGGGCUGACCUGCUGAAGACAGAAAGAAGUGAUCUGGAAUACCAGCUGGAAAAUAUUCAGGUCCUCUAUUCUCACGAAAAGGUGAAAAUGGAAGGCACUAUUUCUCAACAAACCAAACUCAUUGAUUUUCUCCAAGCCAAAAUGGACCAACCUGCUAAAAAGAAAAAGGGUUUAUUUAGUCGACGGAAAGAGGACCCUGCUUUGCCCACACAGGUUCCUCUUCAGUACAAUGAGCUGAAGCUGGCCCUGGAGAAGGAGAAAGCUCGCUGUGCAGAGCUAGAGGAAGCUCUUCAGAAGACCCGCAUUGAGCUCCGGUCCGCCCGGGAAGAAGCUGCCCACCGCAAAGCCACGGACCACCCACACCCGUCUACGCCAGCCACUGCAAGGCAGCAGAUUGCCAUGUCUGCCAUUGUGCGGUCACCCGAGCAUCAGCCCAGUGCCAUGAGUCUGCUUGCCCCGCCCUCCAGCCGUAGGAAGGAGUCUUCAACUCCAGAGGAAUUCAGCCGGCGUCUUAAGGAGCGCAUGCACCACAACAUUCCUCACCGAUUUAAUGUGGGAUUGAACAUGCGAGCCACCAAGUGUGCUGUGUGUCUGGACACUGUGCAUUUUGGACGCCAGGCAUCCAAAUGUCUUGAAUGUCAGGUGAUGUGUCAUCCCAAGUGCUCCACCUGCUUGCCAGCCACCUGCGGCCUGCCUGCUGAGUACGCCACGCACUUCACUGAGGCCUUCUGCCGGGACAAAAUGAACUCCCCAGGCCUCCAGAGCAAGGAGCCCAGUGGCAGCCUGCACCUGGAGGGGUGGAUGAAAGUGCCCAGGAAUAACAAACGAGGACAGCAAGGCUGGGACAGGAAGUACAUUGUCCUGGAAGGAUCCAAAGUUCUCAUUUAUGACAAUGAAGCCCGAGAAGCUGGACAGAGGCCGGUGGAAGAAUUUGAGCUGUGCCUUCCCGACGGGGACGUAUCUAUUCAUGGUGCCGUUGGUGCUUCUGAACUCGCAAACACAGCCAAAGCAGAUGUCCCAUACAUACUGAAGAUGGAGUCUCACCCACAUACCACCUGCUGGCCAGGGAGAACCCUCUACCUGCUGGCUCCCAGCUUUCCUGACAAGCAGCGCUGGGUUGCCGCCUUAGAAUCAGUGGUCGCAGGUGGGCGAGUUUCAAGAGAAAAAGCAGAAGCUGAUGCUGCCCGUGGCUGUACUUCCUACAAGCUUCUGCCUGCAUGGGUUCAGAAAUUGCUUGGAAACUCCCUGCUGAAACUGGAAGGGGAUGACCGCCUAGACAUGAACUGCACCCUGCCCUUCAGUGACCAGGUGGUGCUUGUGGGCACCGAGGAAGGGCUCUAUGCACUGAAUGUCUUGAAAAACUCCUUAACCCACGUCCCAGGAAUUGGAGCCGUCUUCCAAAUUUACAUCAUCAAGGACCUGGAGAAGCUACUCAUGAUAGCAGGUGAAGAGCGAGCCCUGUGUCUGGUGGAUGUGAAGAAGGUAAAGCAGUCCCUAGCGCAGUCGCACCUUCCCGCCCAGCCCGACAUCUCGCCCAAUGUGUUCGAAGCUGUCAAGGGCUGCCACUUGUUUGGUGCAGGCAAGAUUGAGAAUGGGCUCUGCAUCUGUGCAGCCAUGCCCAGCAAAGUCGUCAUCCUCCGCUACAACGAAAACCUCAGCAAGUACUGCAUUCGGAAGGAGAUAGAGACCUCUGAGCCCUGCAGCUGUAUCCACUUCACCAAUUACAGUAUCCUCAUUGGAACCAACAAGUUCUACGAAAUCGACAUGAAGCAGUACACACUCGAGGAGUUCCUGGACAAGAAUGACCACUCCUUGGCUCCGGCUGUGUUUGCCUCGUCGUCCAACAGCUUCCCUGUGUCCAUCGUGCAGGUGAAUGGCGCGGGACAGCGAGAGGAGUACCUGCUGUGCUUCCACGAAUUUGGGGUGUUCGUGGAUUCUUAUGGAAGGCGUAGCCGCACAGAUGAUCUCAAGUGGAGUCGCUUACCUUUGGCCUUUGCCUACCGAGAACCCUACUUGUUUGUGACCCACUUCAACUCACUUGAAGUCAUUGAGAUCCAGGCGCGCUCCUCCCUGGGGACCCCUGCCCGAGCCUAUUUGGAAAUCCCAAACCCACGCUACCUGGGCCCUGCGAUUUCCUCGGGAGCCAUUUACCUGGCUUCCUCAUACCAGGAUAAACUAAGGGUCAUUUGCUGCAAAGGAAACCUUGUGAAGGAGUCUGGCACUGACCACCACCGGGUGCCCUCCACCUCCCGCAGUAGCCCCAACAAGCGAGGCCCGCCCACGUACAACGAGCACAUCACCAAGCGUGUGGCCUCCAGCCCGGCACCCCCUGAAGGCCCCAGCCACCCCCGUGAGCCAAGCACACCCCACCGCUACCGUGACCGAGAGGGCCGGGCCGAGCUACGCAGGGACAAGUCUCCUGGCCGGCCCCUGGAGCGGGAAAAGUCCCCUGGCCGCAUGCUCAGCACGCGCCGGGAGCGCUCCCCGGGCAGGCUGUUUGAUGACAGCAGCAGAGGCCGGCUGCCGGCGGGGGCCGUGCGGACCCCCCUGUCCCAGGUGAACAAGGUCUGGGACCAGUCUUCAGUAUAAAUCCCAGCCAGAAAACCAA